CCUCUUCCUCCUGGCGGCAGCGGGAUGGACGCCAUUGAGGAACUAGCGCUCCAACCCUGCCCUUCCUCUCUCUACUUGCGGCCUUUCCGCCUCACCUACCGGCAGUUAAAAAUGAUGCUGUGGAGGGAGUAAACAGAUUUUUAAGUUACCUGUUGAAACAAAAUGGUGCUAAGAAGUUUUGGGACUUUAUGAGGACACAUGACAGCGUGUCAAUCCUGAUCUUCAAUACUUCUCGGCAGUGCUUUGUAGUGGUGAAGCAGUUCCGCCCAGCUGUUUACAUGUGCGAAGUAGAAAGGCAACAUCCUGAGCUUUUCCAGAACCAGGACAAGGAGAGUUUCUCCCGCCUGGAGGAUCCUCUACCUGCAGCGGUAGGAGUGACUUAUGAACUCUGUGCUGGCAUCGUAGACAAGCCACAUCUUUCUUUAGAAGAAAUUGCCUGUGAGGAGAUCUUAGAAGAGUGUGGCUAUCGUGUUCCUGUUACAAACCUAAGGAAGAUCAGUUCUUACAGGUCUGGAGUAGGUGUGACAGGUUCCAGGCAGACGUUGUUCUAUGCAGAAGUAACAGACCAGAUGAGAACGAGUGAAGGAGGUGGCCAACCCGAGGAAGGAGAGCUGAUUGAAGUUGUAGAAAUACCUUUAGAAGACUCCAUGAAGUUUGCCUAUGAUGAGACUUUUCCAAAGACGAUGGGUGUCAUCUUCAGCUUCACGUGGUUCCAAAAUAACAUAGCACCCCAGCUACCAAACAAAUAAUAUCAAAGCACCCUGAUUUCAAGAGAAAAUCUGCUGGUUCUGUGGGCCCAGAAAACUGCAAGUCUGCCUGCCUUCGUUAAUUCACCUUGCUACAGUUUUCAAAUCAUUCUCAGUAUAAAUUUGUGAUUAAAAUCUGAAGUAAAAUCUGAAGUAAUCCAUCCUUAGCAAAAAUCUGAUGAGCUGCACCGGGGCCAGUAUUUGUCUCUGGGAGUCAAGUUUUAAUUCUCAGUCAAAGGCUGAGGAAAUGUGCCUGGUUCUCUUUUUUCAUGGCACUGCUCUACCACUGUUUUGAAGAGAUGCUCAGGGCUGCAGUGCAGCUGCUAUGCCAGCCUGUUGCUGUUGGCUGAACAUACUGGCAGCUGUGUAUUCACUGGAGCACUCAGAGCUGUUUGUCCUAAUAUUUUGGGGAAGGCCCCACAGCUUCGCAGUGACAGAUAUCCUAACUAUGUUGAGUUCUGCACAGCUUUCAGGGAACAACUUUCUCUGUGUAGCUCCUGUCCCAUAGAAAAUGCUUGCAUUUCUGAACAUGCAGACCUUUAUUUCAUAAGCAAACAUGUCUGUAAAUCCUUUUGCUAACAUGUCAUUCUGACAAUAGACCAGCUGUAAGGCUGCUUGCUUCUGUUUGCUCCCAGCAGAACGCUCAGCAGCAGCGGUGGGGUUGAGUGAUGGGGGGUUUCUAUGGGAACACAUGCUUCUUUGUUUGUUUUAUGGAUAAUACUUGCUUAAUUAGAUCAAACUUUGUUCUCUAGAGCAGGACCUGAGAGGCCAAAUUCUUCUCAUUUGACUCCAAGGUGACUAACACAGGUGAUUUCUCUGUGGUCUCAGAUUCCUUAUCACCAAAAUGGGAAGAGUGGGACUUCCCCCUCCGAUAACGCUCCUUGAAACACAGCAGUCAGAAGUGCUUUAAUGAGAGACUUUAUCAUCAUUUGUGCAGUUUACACUGAAGGCCAUGCAGCUUGCACAGACACAGCGAGCAGCACAAUUUGAUUUAAUAAAGUGGUCUAAUUGAAAUGUAUAUUAUUCUGCCAGCAUGAUUUAGAAGUGGACUGUUUGUCACGUGAAACUGUUAAUAGAAUGAAUGAGAGAGAAUCAAGUCAGGACAUUUAAUUACAGAGUUGUUUAUGUUAUUCACUCGGUGUUAAUUAAGAUGUCUGCAUUAUCUGUACUUGUAGGGCUGUGGAGGUAUGAAGUAUUUUUAGAAGACGAGUAGUGGGGAUGUGCAAACUUUCACAUAGCAGCUGGAAUGAAUGCGGUAGGGAAGUGAUUCGAAAUAGCUGCAGAUCUAAAUAGGAGCUUAACAAAUUAAUAUAAAUAAAAAGCCUUUAAAACUGG